AUGGUUGUCGAUGCGGAUGGUGGUUGCGGGUGGUGGUGUCUCGACCCGUCCGUCGUCUCUGGCAAAGUGGCUUCAGUCCUGCAGCCCGGACUGUCUGGUGGCCUGGUUGUGGCUGAUCGGGUCGACGUUUUACAGGGGGCGUCAGGCCUGGGCCCCACUGAAUCGCUAGCACCACCCGUGGACCUUGGCGCCGGACAGGGGUCCUCGAGCUUGCCGUCGGACAAUGAAGCCUGA